CAUUGCGAACGGGGUAUUUUCUUCGGGGUAUAAAGCUGAGAAUAGACGGGAGGAGAGCCUCAGAGCUUCACCUCGUUGCCUCAUCCCCGUUCGCAUGCGAACCUCCUGCAACAUCUCCUUCCUCCUGCUCCUCUCACCUGGCCGCAUCUGCCCAGAUCAUGUCCGCUAAGCUCCUGCUGGUUUUCUUCCUCCUCUCAGUGUUCCACGCCCGUUCCAGAAAGGUUGAAGAGGAUGAAUACGAAGAUGGAACAACCAACCAAAAAUGGGUUUUAGCUCCAAAAACACAAGACACAGAUGUGACCUUGAUACUAAACAAGCUGUUGAGAGAGUAUGACAAAAAGCUACGGCCAGAUAUUGGAUUAAAACCAACGGUUAUUGAUGUCGACAUUUAUGUCAACAGCAUUGGUCCUGUAUCAUCAAUAAAUAUGGAAUAUCAAAUUGAUAUAUUUUUUGCUCAGACGUGGACAGACAGCCGUCUUCGCUUCAACAGCACCAUGAAAAUACUGACUCUGAACAGCAACAUGGUUGGUUUGAUCUGGAUCCCAGACACAAUAUUUCGGAACUCCAAGACAGCAGAAGCACACUGGAUCACCACCCCAAACCAGCUCCUCCGGAUAUGGAAUGACGGCAAGAUCCUGUACACCCUAAGGCUUACCAUUAAUGCUGAGUGCCAGCUGCAGCUACAUAAUUUCCCAAUGGAUGAACACUCAUGUCCACUGAUAUUCUCAAGCUAUGGCUAUCCUAAAGAAGAAAUGAUUUACAGAUGGAGAAAAAACUCAGUGGAAGCUGCUGACCAGAAGUCUUGGAGACUCUAUCAGUUUGACUUUAUGGGUCUCAGAAAUACUUCAGAAAUUGUGAACACCUCUGCAGGUGAUUAUGUAGUCAUGACUAUAUACUUCGACUUAAGUAGAAGAAUGGGAUACUUCACUAUUCAAACAUACAUUCCCUGUAUAUUAACUGUUGUUCUUUCCUGGGUGUCCUUUUGGAAAAAAGAUGCCACACCAGCAAGAACUGCAUUAGGGAUUACUACAGUAUUGACCAUGACAACUUUGAGCACCAUUGCAAGAAAGUCAUUACCCCGUGUCUCCUAUGUCACCGCUAUGGAUUUGUUUGUGACUGUAUGCUUUCUAUUUGUAUUUGCUGCUCUGAUGGAGUAUGCAACACUCAACUACUACUCCAGUUGCAGGAAACCAAACUGUACUAAGAAGAAAAAGUCGAAUUAUUCUGUACUUGAUAUGAGACCACCAACUACAGUCAUCACAUUGAACAAUGCCAUGUAUUGGCAAGAAUUUGAAGAGGCAUGUGUCUAUGAAUGUCUGGAUGGGAAAGACUGCCAGAGUUUUUUCUGUUGUUAUGAAGAAUGUAAAUCAGGCUCAUGGAGGCGAGGACGGAUUCACAUAGACAUCUUAGAAUUGGACUCUUACUCUAGGGUCUUUUUUCCUACAUCCUUCCUGCUCUUUAACCUGGUCUACUGGGUUGGAUACCUCUAUCUUUAAAAGUUGCCUGUAGAGGUGAAGACUGCUGUGUUUUCACACUGAGGAGAGAUGGUGAAAGUGCAGCAAAAGUGAAGGACAUGGUCAGUUUCAUCUCAAAUUAUAAAGGCCACAUUAACCUUCACCGUCACAGAGUGUGAUGAAGAAUUUUAAUUGCCUAAAAAAGAAAAACAUAGAAGAAUUAUGUCCUUACUGCUAUUCAUUUUAAGGGAAAGAUUCUUAAAAAUUCAGCUGAAUUUGUAGUGUAAGCGAUGUUUAUGAAUAAUUAUUGUAUAUUAGAAUUCUUACUAUUCUCCCUUGACAUAGAAGUUAUAUACAAUUCAGUCAAAGGUUAAGUAUGUCACUUUGUUCUUCAUUCCCAUAGUUUCUUCAAAAUGCUGCCAUAUCCCUGAGGCUCAGAGCAACACACACUGGCAUUAGCAAAUAAGCUAAAGCCAAUGAAACCGCUCAUUUGUAUUUAAACUUACAUGAGCUAUGUCCCAUAGGUUCUGGGAAAUAUUUUCUUGAUGAUCUCCUUCCUAUAGAGAAACCAUCAAAAGACGGCAAUCUAUGUCUCUGGUGAGAUCAAAAUAGAGAAAUUACUUUCUGCACAGGUCUGGGAAUAAUGGAAUUAGAUGCUUACCUACAUGUAUUUGUUUUAAUUUGAGGUAAAAAUAACACUAAUAUUUUGAUAAAAAUAAAAGACUUGCCUAUCUCUGCACAGAGGCAGCUGUAGGCAUAACUUCUACAGUUUUUCAAGAUUUUAACUGUCUUUUUUAUGACUGGUUAAACACAGGAUGGUCAUUGAUUUCUACAAUACUUCUACUUGAAGCAGGACAAGAUCCUUGUGUCAUUGUAGCAGAUCACAGUUGAUAGGCCAUUAGUAAAAAUCACUAUAAUAGCACUCGUAAUAUGUGACUUUCUUCAGAUUGAAGUGUACUAAAAAGUGCCCUCAUUUUUAUGCAUUCUUAUUUUUUCUCUCAAUGUUAUUUUACAAAAUU